AAAACAGUCAGUCGGUGUUUCAUAAUCAUGUAGUCUAUAGAAUGAAAUGAAUAUGUCUAACUGGCUUAUGUCGUGUCGUCCAUAAUAUAAUCAUAAGUGUUUCUGGGACUGCCCUUAGAGUUAUAUUUCCAUUUUACAAUAAGAAUUUUUAUAUUAUGUAAAAAAUAAUAGUUUAAAAUGAUAAUUUCUCGUUUACGGUUAAUUACAUUUGAUGUGACAGAUACUCUACUAAAAUUUCGAUCUGGUCCUGGUCACCAAUAUGGAGAAAUCGCUGCUAUAUAUGGAAUUUUGUGUGACAGGAACAUUUUAAGUGCUAAUUUUAAAGCUCAUUGGCGUAAAAUGAAUCAAGAACACCCCAAUUUUGGUCUAUAUUCGGGACUGGGAUGGGAGCAUUGGUGGAAAAUGGUAGUUAAAGGUACAUUUAAAGAUUCUCACUUUAAUUUGGAUGAUAAAAAGCUAGACAAUGUUGCUUCACAUUUAAUAGAAAUUUAUAAAACUUCUAUUUGCUGGGAACAGUGUCAUGGUGUUUCUGAACUGUUGUCGUAUAUACGAAGUAAAGGUAUUCCUAUCGGAAUUAUAUCUAACUUUGACCCAAGGUUAAGUACAACACUUGUAAACACAAGACUUAGGCAUUAUUUUCAAUUUGUUCUUACUUCAUAUGAAGUAGGAGUUGAAAAACCUGACACAAAAAUUUUUGAGGAAGCAAUGAAAGCUUCCAAGUUAAAAAAUCUGAAGCCAGAAGAAUGCUUACAUAUUGGAGACAAAACUGCACUAGACUAUUUAGGCGCUAGGAGUAGUGGUUGGCAUGGAGCGGUAAUUAUUGAUAGAAAUCCAGAAUUAUUAAAGGAACAAUAUCCAGUUGUAGAAACGAAUCAUUUAUUCAAAGAUUUAUUUCAUUUACAAAAAUAUUUUAUUAACAGUACAAGAGAAAAAUUAACUGGACACUCUCUCUAUUAGAGAACAUAAACUUGUACAUAAUAUAGCCAAAUUCUAUUAAUUCUUCAGGAGUAGUGACGAGAUUCUAAAUAAAUAAGAACUCAAAAAAUAUGUGAUUGGAAUAGUGCAAUAAAUAUUUUAAUGAACAUUAAGUGUUUAUAAAUAAAACAGAAAUGCUGUAUUAAAAUAUUACUAAUUAUAGUCUAUUAAUGUAGA